CUGGUUAUUCAUGUGCGUACACUGGACAUAUACACGGCUAUUUCUGAAUAUAUUUGUAGGUUUCUUAUUGGGAAUUUUGGAUGGAACUUGCCAAUAAAUAGGUUUUAAUCAUCGUUGGAUCGAGCUGAAUCCGCGCAGUACGUGUGCAGAAGGACCAGAGACGCUAUAAACGGGGAAAGUUUAUACAGACGGACAGUGUCGCCGAACCACAACGUGAGGAUACUAAGCAGUCGUUUUGAAGUUUGCAGAGCAUAUUUUAAGAACAAAUGUUUUUUGUUUUUUUACCUUCCAUUUGAAGCAUUUUUGGGCAGACAUAAUCACUUACGUCAAUGGUAUACUUUGAAACCUAUGGCUGUCAGAUGAAUGUGAAUGAUACUGAGAUUGCCUGGUCCAUUCUACAGAGGAAAGGAUACUUGCGUACCAGUGAACUUUCACGGGCUGAUGUUAUACUCCUUGUUACUUGCUCAGUAAGGGAGAAAGCUGAGCAGACCAUAUGGAACAGAUUGCAACAACUGACAAGUUUGAAAAAGAAAAGGUCCAAGGUCCAUGGCCCACUGAAAAUAGGAGUUUUAGGCUGCAUGGCUGAGCGUCUUAAGACAGAGCUCCUUGAGCGGGAGAAGCUGGUGGAUGUUCUGGCUGGGCCAGACGCGUACCGGGACCUCCCUCGCCUCCUGGCCCUGGCCCACGGUGGCCAGCGGGCCAGCAAUGUCCUCCUGUCUCUGGAGGAAACCUACGCUGAUGUCAUGCCUGUCCACCACAGCUCACAGGGACACAGUGCCUUUAUAUCCAUCAUGCGAGGCUGUGAUAACAUGUGCAGUUACUGCAUCGUGCCCUUUACCCGCGGACGCGAGAGAAGUCGACCUGUUUCUUCUAUCCUAGAAGAAGUGCGGCUCCUGUCUGAUCAGGGAGUGAAGGAGGUUACUCUGCUGGGUCAGAAUGUGAACAGCUACAGGGACACGUCAGAGGAGCAGUUCAGUGGGCCGGAGCCGACCCAGCUCAGCCGCGGUUUCAGCACCGUGUACCGGGGCCGCAAAGGGGGCCUGCGCUUUGUGGACCUGCUGGACAGGGUGUCCCAGAUCAACCCAGAGAUGAGGGUGCGCUUUACUUCCCCACACCCGAAGGACUUUCCUGAUGAGGUGCUGCAUCUGAUUCAGGAGAGAGGGAACAUCUGUAAGCAGAUCCACCUCCCAGCCCAGAGUGGGAGCAACAGGGUUCUGCAGGCCAUGCGGCGUGGCUACACUCGAGAGGCAUACCUGGAGCUUGUGGCCAAUAUUCGGAAGAUAAUCCCAGAGGUGAGUCUCAGCAGUGACUUCAUCGCGGGGUUCUGUGGGGAGACGGAGGAGGACCACCAGCAGACCCUGUCCCUGCUGAGGGAAGUGCGCUACAGUGUGGGCUUCCUCUUCGCCUACAGCAUGAGGAAGAAGACCCACACAUUCCACCGUCUCCAGGAUGACGUUUCUGCAGAAGUGAAACGUCGCCGCCUGGAGGAGCUAAUCAGCGUGUUCAGAGAGGAGGCUUCCAGGGUCAAUGCGAGCCUUAUCGGGAGCACACAGCUCCUUCUAGUGGAAGGAGAAAGUAAGAGGUCUGCACAAGAGCUGUGCGGACAGAAUUAUGGAAACCUGAAGGUGAUUUUUCCUGCCACACAGGCUUUCCCCAUCAGGUCUGGAGACUAUGUGCUGGUGAAGAUCACAUCGGCCAGCUCUCAGAGCCUGAGAGGCCAUGCCCUUGGCCCUGCCUCUUUAAAAUCCCCUUCUAAAAGUCCUUGGAAAAGUCCUUCCUCAAGACUAUUGAGAUGAACAGAUGGAGGUCUGCUGACCCCACCCCCCGUCUCUCCUGCUCCUCUCCUGUCUGCCUUACUUCACACAGGACAAUCACUGUGCAGUCAUUUUGUGCAGACGGUGGGGUGUCGCUGAAAGACACUGGUCGUUGCAGAUCAGGGAGUACUGUUUUAUCUCCAAAACCUACUAUUCAGGGUUUACUCUCAUGAAAAUAUUGUUUUUCUUUAAUGUAUUUAAUAUGUGGCGUUUUACGAUUUGAGUAUGUUAGUAUCAUUGAUUUCAGUAUAUUAUUGGGCUUUCAGGACGUUGUACUUGCUGGUAAAUAUUUGCAUCAGGGAUAUCUUCCAAAAUUGCAGACCUGUCUUCAGCUAAACAUUGUAUGAGCCUGUACAGUUGGCUUCUCGAUGUUGCAGCAGGAGGACAAUAUGAUUGAAAAGGACAUUUUUGUUUGCUGUUAUUAAGAAAGUAGAAUAUAUUGGCAUUUCAACUAUUACUCAUUUGUGAAAAUCAAUGGGAAACAUUAAAGCUAUUGAACUGAUGAA